AUGGCGAUGAAACCAAAUGGAAAGUCAAUUGUCUCCUCCGAUUACGACGAAAAAAUCAUGUUCUUCAAAGAUGUCUCGUUGGAUCACCACGAAGCUCAGUUGCGAUUUCGGCUCAUCCAUUUCUGGGAGGCUUGGAACCCACUAAAGAAGACACUUAUUGGCCUGGAGAUUCUGCUCAUCGACGAACAGGGAACCGUUAUUCAAGGAUUCAUUUCCCCAGGGCGUAUUAAAAAAUAUUUGCCUGAAAUGAAGCGAGGAUCUGUUUACAAACUCAACAACUUCUAUGGAUCCAGAAACAAAUCGGUGUUUCGGGUUGCUGAUCAUACCGCGACAGUGUCGUUCUCAUGGAACUCAGAACUGUCGGUUCUUCAAGACUGUCCCACCCCUUUUGAUGAAGACAGUUUCCGGUUUCAUUUGUAUGAAGAAUUUCAAGCUAACUGUGAUCUCAAAGGAUACCUCUACGGUUUUCAUGAAAUAUUAAACUAUUUAUUUGGAGUCAUGUUACUUACACUCUUGAUGAACAAUGGAAUAGAUGUUGUUGGCCACAUGAAGUUGGUUAAUGGUCAGAGUAUCAUUGAGGCUCCCGUUCUUGAUGAAGUGGAGAUAGCAAAGGCGAGGCGUCUUCUGAUUCAUGUCCAAUCACAUGAUGGGCCUGUGAUGAAGCUCUACCUUUGGGACCAGGCUGCAAGAGACUUCUGCAAAAAGUUCAAGUCGUACGAGAACACACCCACCGUGUUACUGGUCACAACCGUUAACACGAAGACUCUCGGAGGUACUCUUGCCCUGACCUCAAUGUCCUCCUCGCGUGUAUUUAUGGACUACGAUGUCCAACCUACCAUAGAUUACUUCGGCUGGUUGGGCUCUAAUCCAGAUAUUGCUGAGCAGGUUAAUGCAGAGGUGGUCACCAAACGCGAGACAAUGGCUAUAGGGGAAAUAUUCUCCUACAUCAAGCAGGAAUCUGUAAAGGAUGCCUUUUUUGAGUGCACGGCUACGAUAGAUGAUGUCGUGCAUGGUUCUGCUUGGUACUACAUUGCAUGCGGUGGAUGCCAUACUAAGGUUACCAAAGGCCUAACUUCGUUGAUUUGUACAAACAAUAAGUGUGGGAAGGUUAACGUAGCUGGUGUUGCACAGUACCUUUCAAAGAUAUCUGUUUAUGACAACAGUGAACAAGCUGUUUUUGUACUACUUGGUGAUGCUGGUCGUGAGUUGACUGGGAAGCCCGCAUCAGAAUUAGUUAGAAGCUAUUUUGAGGCAAAUGGAAACGAAGGAGUUAACCAUGAGUCGCCUGUCCCGGAAGCCCUAAUCAGCACCAUCGGGCAAAGACAUAAGUUUUAUGUCAAAGUUACAGAGCAUAACUUUUCAGGCAAGAACCGAUCUCUUACUGUGACCAAGAUCCUCCCUCUAGACACUCCACCAGCCACAGUGUCCUCGGAAGGAAACCAUACUACUGCAACUUCGGAGGAAACAUCCAAAAGCCGUGUGGAUUCUGCAGAGGUGAGUAAAAGAACUUGUGACAGUACUGAGAUAGAGAAAGCUAAACGCCCUAAGAGUGGGAACUAG